AACGACCUUUCAUCAUUGUUUACCGGGAGUCUCUUUCCCACAAUCGCAUUGGGCAGCGCAGUCAGCUUCACGUUGAGCGCUUCUGAGCAGCGUUUCUUCUGUUUCGCAGGGAGAACCAAUAAACGACGUCCUGCAUUCUCUCCGAGAAUCACAGUACCUGAGCAAGACAGGCGGCCAUUAUGCCAGCAGAAAGCAAAGUCUCGAAAGAUGCAGCGCCGAUGCAGGGUCGUUCUUGCUACAUCGACCCUUCGUCCUUGAAGCAUGGCAAGAAACCUGGAUACUCUCACAAACUUGACGCUCUGAGACGUGUGUACUUCAAGCAACCCGCUAGCGAUGCACACCAGUACCUGGAUGUCGGCUGUGGUUCUGGAGGUUUCACCAGAGAUGCUCUACUGGAACAAGUCCGUCCCUGCCGGAAAAUCGUGGCCGUGGACAGGGAGGAUACGUUGUUGGAGUACGCGCGCGAGCACGCCAGCCACCCUGACAUCAUCUAUGAGCUGCUUGACAUUGAGAAGGAUGAUCCACAGCCGCUAAUUGAUAAGUACGGUCAAUUCGAGCGUAUCUACUCGUUUCUGGCGCUUCAAUGCGUCCGAGAUUUGGAGGGCGCGUACAGGAGAAUGUUCCGGCUACUGAAAAAUGGCGGGGAAUGCGCCCUCGUUACGCUCACGGGGUCUGUCAUCACGGACGUCAUGCACCGGCUCAGCAGCAUGGAGAAGUGGAAGAACUACGUUCCGGAUCCUAAAAAACUGUACUCCGAGCGCUUCUCCUUCAAGGCUCCUAUUGUGGCAGAGGCAGUUGUGGAGGCAGAGCGAAAGGCUGCGGCCGGAGCAGGGCUUAAUCUCGUGUCGUGUUGUGUGUACGACAGCCAGUGGAUCAUGCCUGAUGUGGAGGCUUGGAUAGAUCUCUACGUGCCUGCCUUCAAGUUGGCAGUCAAUAUUCCCGAAGAGCAACGUGGCGCCUUCCGGAAUGACUGCAGAACUCUGCUGGCACAGAACACGACUUCGACAGCCGAAGGAUGCUCCAUGAGACACAGCUUUGUUGUAGUCCACUUGGAGAAAGCCCCUCAAGAAUAGCGUCAGUGUUGGCUUUAUUUGAAUUCAGAAGGUCAGCCUAUUUACAUUCUCUGGAAUAUGAUGACCAACUUGCCAAACACAGGCGCAAUGAAUAAAACACUGUGUUAGGCAGCUGGCACCUUACCGCGGUGUAACAUUGCCUAUAGCCUUGAUUAAAUGUGCUAUUCUACCACAUCUAAUAGUUCUUGAUCAGAUUCAUAUAAUAAAGCACACAGCGUCAGCACCUUUA